UUGGAGAACAGGAUGUGCGAUGAAAAUGUGUUUUAGAACAAGGACAAGGUGGUUUAGCUUUAAUCUCUUUAAAAUCAGCGUUUUUAGCUAUUAGUGAAACUGAAUCUCCUCCUCUCCUUCUGUCGGAAUAGUGAAAGUAAAAUCCUGAUUCUUCCGUAUUGAAGCAGCACAAGGACGAAGCAGACCAUGAAAAGGCAGGAUUCCAACCACAGAGGGCGAGAGGAAGAUGAUUUUAUGAAAAAGCCCAAGAAAUCAGCAGAAUCAAUAGUCAUGAUGGCAGAAAGCACAGAUUCACCUUGUCCCGGUACUGUGCCCUCGGACCAGAUUAUCGAUUUCAAAGGAGAGAAAAAUCAGAGUACAGAAAGACUUAGGGUUGAAAUAAAGGGACCAGAGGCACCACCAAAUCUACCAGGGUACCAAGAUGAGAAAGUGUGCAUGCAACACUGUUCACCCCUUGAUGUUUACUGCAAGACAGAUCACACACUGCUCUGUAAACACUGCUCAACACUGCAACACCAAGGCCACAACAAGUGCUACACAGUAGGAGCUAAGGUCUUCCAAGAGCUAGACACAAUGUUUCUUCUUGAGCAAACACUAAACGAUGUAGACAAAAACAAGCUUAUAUGUUAUCUAUCUCAAAAUUACUCAGAAUGCUUUGAGGCUCCUCUGGUGCCUUGUGAUGUCCAGGAUGUGUCUAAACUUAUUCUGGAAAGUUUUGGCUCUGAGGUGGCACUUAAGAUUGCUCUAAAAAUCAUGUUGGAGAAAGGGCGGCAUUUGGAGACCAUUCAGGAUCAUCUAAAAUAUAAACUUCAGCGUCAUCUUAAAUCUAAAUUUGAGUGCAUAAACGAAGGAAAUGCUCAGAAAGGGAAUCCGAUCCUUCUAAACGAUAUCUACACUGAGCUACUCAUUACAGAAGGAGGAGAUGAAGGUAUUAAUAAAGAACAUGAGGUCAGAUUGAUUGAAGAAGCAUGCAAGAACAGAGACACGCAGGAGACCGUGAUACAAUGCAACGACAUCUUUAAACCUUUACAUGGACAGAAAAAACGCAUCCGCACUGUGUUAACAAAGGGCAUUGCUGGGAUCGGGAAAACAGUUUCCGUGCACAAAUUCAUCUUGGACUGGACAGAAGGAAAAGAGAAUCAGGAUAUUCACUUCAUUUUCCCGCUUCCUUUCCGUGAUCUGAAUUUAAAGAGAGAGAACAAAUAUAGUGUGAUUCAACUUCUUUCUCAGUAUUUUCCGGAACUUAAAGAAUUUAAAUCUGUUAGUUGUGAAGAACUAAAAACUCUGUUCAUCUUUGACAGACUGGACGAGUGCCGACUUCCUCUUGAUUUCAUGAACAACGAAAUGUGCUGUGACGUAACAAAAGAAAUCUCUGUGGAUGUGAUGCUAACAAACCUCAUCCGAGGAAAUCUCCUUCCCUCCGCACUUCUGUGGAUAACCUCCCGGCCAGCAGCAGCCUGUCAGGUCCCUCCUGAGUGUGUUGACCGGGUUACAGAGGUUCGAGGAUUUAACGACUCAGAGAAAGUGAGAUACUUCAGGAAGAGGUUCGGUGACACGAGUCUUGCUGACAAAAUCGUUGCACACGUUAAGUCUUCAAGGAGCCUCCACAUCAUGUGCCAUAUACCAGUCUUCUGCUGGAUAUCAGCUACGGUUCUGGAAAAAAUGUUGGGUAAAGCAGACAUGGAAGUGCCUAAAACUCUAACUCAGAUGUACACUCACUUCCUCAUGAUUCAGACACAUUUAAAGAACAAGAAGUACCAUGGAGUGAUCAAGGAAGACAUGGACCUGACAGAAUCGGACAAGGAGAUGAUUCUUAGACUGGCUAAGCUAGCGUUUCUGCAGUUGGAGAAAAGAAAUCUGAUUUUCUAUCAAGAAGAUCUAGUUGAAUGUGGCAUUAAUGUUGCCGAAGCAUCUGAGUACUCUGCAAUUUGCACAGAAAUCUUUAAGGAAGAGUUCGGAUUGUACCGAGAGAAGGUCUUCUGCUUCGUCCACCUGAGUAUUCAGGAGCAUCUAGCUGCGAUGUAUGUGCUGGUCGAAUUUGUAAACAACAGUACGAACAUCCUCAGAAAAGAUGCAGAGAAUCAGAGAACGACAAAGAUAUCAGAUUUACACAAGAGUGCUAUAGACAGAGCGAUGCAGAGUGAGAACGGACACUUUGACCUUUUCCUGAGAUUUCUUCUCGGUCUCUCAACGGACUCUAAUCAGGUUCUUUUGAAGGCGCUGCUGCCAAAAAGUAGCUCUGAGAGCUUGGAAGAAACAGCUGAGUACAUUAAAGAGAGGAUCAGAGAAGAGUCAUCAGCAGAAAGAACAAUCAACUUAUUUCACUGUCUGAAUGAACUGAAUUACAACUCAUUGGUGGAAGAAAUUCGUAGUUUCUUGAGCUCAGGCAGGCAUUCAGAGACUGAGCUUAAACCUGACCAGUGCUCAGCUCUAGCCUACGUGCUGCUAACAUCUGAAGACGUGAUUAAUGAAUUCGAUGUAAAAAUGUGCAAUACAUCUCUUGAGGGAUACCAGAGACUGUUGCCGGUCGUCAGGAACCUAAGAACAGCAAUUCUUGCUGGUAUCAACCUCACAGACGAAUCCUGUGAGACUCUGGCUUCGAUCCUCCAGUCAGCUAACUCACAUCUGAGAGAACUGGAUCUCAGUUUCAACAAUUUGGGAGACUUAGGAGUCAAGCUUCUUUGUACUGGCCUCUCACAUCCACACAGCAAACUUGAGAAACUAAAUUUCAGCUACAACAAGCUUGAAUUAAUCGGAGUGAAGCAGCUUUGCGAUUGUCUGAUCAAUUCACAAUGCAAACUGCAGACACUUGGACUAGCUGGAACCAACUUCUCAGAACAGUCUUGUGAAUUAAUGGCCUCAGUUUUCCAGUCUGUGAACUCGCACCUCAGAGAGCUUGACCUUGGCUGCAACAUUUUGAGAGACACCGGAGUGAAGCUUCUCACUGUCGGACUAAAUAGUGUACAAUGCAAAAUUGAGAAACUUGGACUGGACAGAUGUAGCCUUACACAUGAAACGUGUGAAGCCUUGAGAGCUGUUCUGCAGUCACCCAGCUCACACCUCAGGGAGUUGAAUCUGAGCUACAAUAAACUGGGAAUCUCAGCAGUGCAACAGCUCUGUGAAGGGCUAACAAGUCCAAACUGCAAACUGGAAGUACUGGAUCUCAGCUACAACAAUCUUAGCCAUUCUGGAGUAAAGAUUCUCUGUGCUGGACUGAAGAAUCCAGACUGUAAAAUCAAGAGUAUAAGAGUUGCUGAUGUUGGCAUUUUGGAUGAGGCAUGUGAAACGCUGGCUUUGGCCCUGCAGUCAGAAAAUCCUCAUCUGAGAGAGCUUGAUCUCAGCAACAACUGGAUAGGAGAUAAAGGAGUAAAACUGCUCUGUGGAGGACUCAUCAGUCCAAACAGCAAGGUAGAAAAACUGAGUCUCCGCUGGUGUAAUCUCACAGACAGGUCUUGUGCGAAUCUGGCUACAGUCCUGAGUACGUCGACUUGCUUGACAGAUUUGGAGCUAAGAGACAAUGACCUGCAUGAUUCAGGUGUGAAGCAGCUUUGCACUGGUCUGAAGCAUCCACACUGCACACUGCAGAGACUGGGUCUUUCAGGGUGUUGUGUUACAGAGGAAGGCUGUUCUAUCCUAGCCUUAUCUUUAAGCUCUCAUCAUUCACAAUUAAGAGAGCUAGACCUCAGCUACAAUCACCCAGGAGAGGCAGGAGUGAGACAAGUCAUUGCUGUUCAGAAUGAUCCACGCUGCAAACUGCAGAAAUUUAGCAUGGACCACAGUGAUGAAUGCAGAACCAAAGAAGGAAUGAAGAAAUAUGCCUGCGAGAUCAACCUAGACCCAAACACCGCACACAGAACCCUGAUAUUGACCGAAAACAAAAUGGUGACAAUGACAAAAGACACACAGCCUUAUCCAGAUCAUCCAGACCGCUUUGAGUACUAUGCUGAAGUUUUGUGCAAAGAAACACUGAUCGGUGCUCGUUUCUACUGGGAAGUCGAGUGGACUGGAGAUGUAGUUUACAUAGGGGUCGCUUACAAAGGGAUCAACCGAAAAGGCCGCAGCACCGAUUGCAAACUGGGGAUGAAUAACAAAUCCUGGAUUCUGUCCUGUUCUAACGACUACGGCUAUUAUGUUAGUUAUAAUAACAUAGAGACUGUAGUACCUGCUCCACCAAAUCCAUCCAAAAGAAUGGGUAUCUAUCUAGACUGGAAUGCCGGCACACUAUCUUAUUUUAUUAUCUCGGCUGGCAGGCUGUAUCACACAUAUACGUUUCACACAACAUUCACUGAACCCCUUUAUCCAGCCAUCAGGGUCUAUAACUACAGUGACACAGUCUCAUUGUGUAAGCUAAUAUAAAAUAAAAGCAUGUAUGUAUGAAAAAUUGUAAGCAUGCCAUAAAUUUAGUCCUGUGUUAAGGAAUAAUAAUUGGCCUCUCUUUAUUAUUAUUUAGCUAAAACCUCAUAGUAGGGGGACACGGUGGUUCACCUCACACCUCCAGGGUUGGGGGUUCGAUUCCUGCUUCCGCUUUGUGUGUGUGGAGUUUGCAUGUUCUCCCCGUGCCUCGUGGGUUUCCUCCGGGUACUCCGGUUUCCUCCCCCUGUCCAAAGACAUGCAUGGUAGGUUGAUUGGCAUCUCUGGAAAAUUGUCCGUAGUGUGUGUGAGUGUGUGAGUGAAUGAGAGUGUGUGUGUGUCCUGCGAUGGGUUGGCACUCCGUCCAGGGUGUAUCCUGCCUUGAUGCCCAAUGACGCCUGAGAUAGGCACAGGCUCCCCGUGACCCGAGGUAGUUCGGAUAAGCGGUAGAAGAUGAAUGAAUGAAUGAAUAAUACCUCAUAGUCAUUCAGCACACAGGUGGAAAAUAAGUACCCCUUAUCAUUCAGUAGCAUGAAGAACUCUAGGGAAGAUUGGCAACUGUUUUAAAGACUCCAUAUGUAAUCAUUCUCACUAUAGAAUGCUGAGGAUUUGGAUUAGACCUUAUAAAACAUCCCAACUUGAACUGAGUGCUCCAGAACUCUUGCUUUUAUUGAGAUAGAAUUAUGGGGUCUGAUUGAUCUCUCAGCUUUAUUGUAUUGGGGCCUGUAGAAUAAAUAAGCUGAUUAUAUUAUUAUUCAAGUGAAUCUAACUUAAAUUUAAAGUGGGGCUGAAAUCUGGUCUUUUGCUGGCAACAACCAUAACAUUAAGGUAGAAAAAUGUGUUUGUGAAUGUGUUUUAAUAUUCUGCAUUAUAUAGCUGAAAUUCACUUGCGCCUAUACCUUCGUAAUACAUGUAGAUCAAUUUUCGUUACAGACAACAUACCUUUACACACAUGAAGAUGAUAUGACUGAAAAUAUGUGUUCAUUGACAAUUAUUUGAUCAUAAAAGAUAAAGUACAAGGUUGAAUGGAUCCAAACUUGACAGUGAGUAAAAUCUGCUUAGUAAUUAAAUUUCAGAGGGAACAAAUAAGAAGCUCCCCCUCCGUAGUAAUGAUGAUGAUGAUGUAAUACAGUUUAACAUUACUUUCCAAGUUAUGCUUAUAUUUUAAUAUGGUCAUUUGUUUGAAUUCAAAACAGUUGUGAAAGUCUGUAUUUGUACUUUUGAUUAUUAAAGCACAAUUUAUCAGUUUUAA